GUCGGUCGACUGACAAGAGCGAUGGGAUAAAAAAAAUAAAAACAGCAAAACAGCUGAUUCAACAUAACAAUGCAGUUGCAUAUUUGCAUUUCAAUUUCCCAAUUUCCAAUAUUUCAGUUUUUACUUCAAUUGAACUGACUUCGCGAGUUGAACAAUAGUAUUACUGUUUUCUGUUUUCUUUUGGUGUCUGUUUUGUUUACUUUAUAAUUGGUAUGUAAGUGAAAACAAUAUUCAACAUUGAUUCAAGAUGCAUCUACCAGUAGAAAUCUUGGAGCAUAUUUUAUUGAGGUGUGAUGGAUGGACUUUGCUAAAUGCAAGGAAUGCAAGUGAAAUAUUGCAAGAAUCUGUUAACCGUUUGGGAACGAGAACCAGAAUUUGGGAAUGGUGUUGCAAAGAAGAAAUACCCUCAGAACAAUUGGUAGAAUUAUUAUCUUUCUACCAUAAAGAUGGCAAAGAAAAAUGGUAUCAUGUCUACACCAAUUGGAGAACCUGGGAGCACAACCCUCGCAUUUUGGAACCAACUCUAUGUACUAAUUUGAAUUCUAAAAGUAUUAACAGUGCUAGAAAAAUUUCCAGCAUAGCUGUUUCAAGUGGUCAUAUUGCUGUUGGAUCUGAAGAUGGGAGAGUGGCACUAUUUACCAAGCACUGGCAAUUACUCUUUGAUUAUCGGAUUGUGUCUGUUAAAUUGACUAACAUAACAUUUAUCGGAAAUAAUGAUUACAAUGGUGAUAAGGAAAUUGACAUUUGCUUAGUAAUUGCUUUCCAUAAAGGCAUAUCAGUUUUAUCAUAUAAUGGGAUCACCAAAUAUCACCAAGAUAUUUCAGAUAUAAAGUCGCAUAGCAUUUAUGGAAAUUAUAUUUGCAUAGAACAAGUUGGAGGAAGAAUGACUAUAAUGGAAAUAUUGAAAGGAAAUUUCAAUAGCAGAAAUAACGUGAAAGAACAUUGGUUUACAAGAAUAUAUUCCCCACGUUGCUUGACAGCUUAUAAAAUGUGGAAUGGAAAAUGUACAUUCCUAAUUAAUGGCAACAUAAACGUGUUACACUAUGAUAAGGCUGAUAUCACACCUAUGCAGGAAAUGAAAUAUGUUAUGGGUGUUAAGUUUAAUGCCCCUUUAUUGUUGGAUAGAUAUACUACACGAAUUUUGAGAGAUAACGUUAUUAUUAAUAUUUAUAAAAAUGCAGAUAGAUCUACAACAUGUAAUGACAUAAUAGAAGAUUACAUUGAAAUAAUUAUCAUGGGUGCAGACAGCCAAUACAGUAAAAAAUUGUUCAAUGUUUGGGACAUAUUCAAGAGUAAAAUUUCUUGCAUUUUCCUUUACGGAAAUAGUUUUCUUAUUGGGACUGAUAUUGGCACGGUGUACUUCUACCAAGUGAACAAUUGGAAAAAUUUCCGCUUGAACGAGUAUGCUAGCAAGCAAAUAGUUGGCAGACACCCCAUUAUAGGCAUAGCAGCUAAAGAAUCUGAAUACGAAAGGAAAUUUUAUGUUAGCUCAAUGUUUGCUGUGCACGAAAUUAUUGCAUGGAUUCCUGUUUCUAUUACAGACUACGAUUUAUAAGUUUCUGAUAUGUGAUAUGAUAUGAUUUUUUCUUCUCAAAUAUUAGCUUUUGAGUUUAUUAUCCUCAACUAUAGCCUAUUCACAAUCUGUAGUCCAAAGUUACAGGUAAAUUUAUCACCUUUCCCUAUCAAAUAGCAUUGAAAGGUGAUACAUUUUACCUGUAGGGACCUUUGGACCUACAGAUUGUGAAUAGACAAUACAAUGCUUAAUCAGUUGCUCAGUUUGUAUUUGAUAUCCAAUGAAAUUUGUGUUUGUGUUUGUUAAAUUUUUCACCAAUAUUUUUAUUAUAAUAAAAACUUAAAUUACAUA